CUGCGGUGACGGCACAGCGCUGACGUCCCCGACACCAACACACCUGCAGGCAUUGAAGUUCUGGGGAUGGGAAAAGCGGAGGAAGAAAAAGAAACACCGUGAGGCCGUAUCGGCCUGCUUACAAGGUGGAGGAACCGACUGCUGGAUCUCAUCCUGAAAGAGGAUGCACGGCUACAGGUGAAAUUGGAAAGACCGUGUUCAGAAGGCUGCGGGGAGGCAGCUGAGCUCACCUGGUCCCGCUUAGCUGGAUGCAGGUAUCUUCACGCAUAACCGUGAGCAGCGCUGCUUCCCCAUUUCCAUCUUUCUGCCCACCCCGAGGCCCCGAGCUGCCUGUCUAAUCCCAAGCAGGAGACGUCUCCAACCCCACGUUGCCAGAGAUCCUACAAGAGGGUCGCAGAGACAGGAGCCAAGCUUAAGUCAGCAGGUCUCCGGGGGAAGCUGCCCCAGCCCACGGGGCGCCAUGGAUCGGUUCCGGAUGAUCUUCCAGUACUUCCAGUCUAACUCCGAGUCGGUGAUGAAUGGGAUCUGCGGGCUUCUCGCCCUGGCCAGCGUGAAGAUUUACACCUCCUUUGACUUCAACUGCCCCUGCCUGCCCAAGUACAACACGGCGUACGGGAUGGGGAUCAUGUUUGUGCCUCCCAUUGCCCUCUUUCUCUGCGGCCUCAUUGUCAACAGGCAGUCUGUGGUGAUGCUGGAGGAGUGGAAGAGACCGACGGGGGGAAGAAAGAAGGAUCUGGCCAUCAUCAGGUACAUGUGCUCCUCCAUCAUUCAGCGAGCCAUGGUCGCCCCCAUUGUCUGGAUCAUAGUCAGCCUCCUCGACGGCAAAUGCUUCAUCUGCGCUUUCAGUGGCUCCAUUGACCCCGAGAAGUUUGCAGGCUUUGCCAACCUUACCCAGAUGCAGACACAGCUCCUGCUCUCCAAAGUGCCCUGCAAAGAGGACGAACUCAUGAGAAACAACACCUCCCGGAAAGCCGUCUCCAGGUACCUGAGAUGCUGGUCGCAGGCCCUGGGCUGGAGUAUCCUGCUGCUCCUUAUCGUGGUGGCUUUCCUGGCCCGCUGGCUCCGACCCUGCUUCAACCAGGCUGCCUUUGUGCAGACGCGCUACUGGAGCAACUACAUCGACAUGGAGCAAAAGAUCUUUGAGGAGACCUGCUGCGAGCACGCCCGGGACUUCGCCAACAAGUGCAUCCUCCACUUCUUCGAGAGCAUGCGGACGGAGAUCAAGCUGCGGCGCUUCAACAUGCCUAGGGGGGAAGAAGAGGGCGAAGGGGAGGCAGAUCACCUGCGAGGGAUCACAGACCAGGAGCAAGUGAACAAGCUCCUAAAAACGUGGUACUCUGGCAAGCCGCCCUUAGACGUGAGCCAGACCAUCCCGCGGCAGCCCUCGGGCAAGGAGGGAGCGUGCACGUCCGUGCCCUGGGGGGACACUGUAAAUAACAGGUGGGCAGCUGCCCAGAAGGCCAACGUCUCCAGGCAAACAGAUGUUUAAAGGGGCACGGUCCUGCCGAAACGUCUUCUUUACAAGGGAAGCAGGUCCCAAGGAGCAGUCCGGGUGGAUAGAUAGGACGGAGCUGCUCCAGCUUUCCCUAAGCUGGCGACAUUUCAGCUCCCCAAGUCAAUAUUUCAGCACAGUGCCAACACAAUGAGCAGUAGACACUUGCAUUAAUAUACAGAGGUCCCAAGGAUAAUCAUGACUGCUGAUGAGUCCCACGUGGCUGUGUUGGUCAUUCAUCUUAACCAAAAAGAGAAAACCCGAAAAAAACUGUAGACCCCUCCAAGUUGUGAAAUAACCCAUCAGAUGGAAAUAGUAUUUAACUAAUGCAGUAGCAUGUGCCCGAGUCUUAUCAGCUUGCAAUUACAGCCAGGAGAGAUGCGAGCUUCUCCCGCCCCUCUCCAGGGACUGUGCUAAUUGAAAUCUAGGCAGUGAAUGCUGCUGUCCCAAAAUGAUCUUGCUGCUGAAAUGGUUUCAACACGGUUACCCUAAAAACCAAAGCUCCUGCAUUGUCCCAUAUGCCAAAAACCCUACCUGCCCCCCUCUCACCUACCACUCUCUUCGAUUGCCUUGUAUUUCCAGAACAAAACAGAGCUGCCUGUUGAAAAUUAGAAGUUACCGAACUGAACUUCCUUCCAAACCAUCAGAGAAAUCAUCAUACCGCACGGCAAUGGUUUUCAACCUGUGGUUUGCAGAACCGUGGGGGACAAUGUCUAUGGGGUCCAUGAUAGAGGACUAUGAUCAAUCAAAAGCAUGUGAAUACCCACACUUACAAUUCAAAGGGGUCUGCAACUCCAUUAAAAACAUUUAGGAGUCUGCAAAUAAAAAAAAUAAAAGGUUAAAAACCACUGCUGUGUGGGAUUUUCAAAUGAACUCAAGAAAGCCUCCAUUGCUGUGCUUUAAAUAUAAGCUGAUGGCACUUAAAAAAAACCAAUAGUUUUAUGCCACAGAAUUUAGGUCCAGCUUCCUGAUGCCAGCUCGGGGGAUUUAUCUAUUGCAGCGUGAACCCAGUUCAAGUGGGCACCAACUGGUUGCCCCAAAAUUUGAAUUCAGAUUUCAAAACACCCCAUGUUCAGUCUUCAAGGUGUGGGAGGAGGGGUGAAUGCCACCGCGUGGGCAGAGUUAAAGUCAGGCACCUCCCUUAUGCAUUUCUAUACUCGCGUCCACACAAUCACAGUUCUUUUCCACUUUAUCUUGAGUCUGUUUUUCCUAGAUUUAUAACAUGACAACGCUAGUAUUUUGUUGGGGGAGAGGAGGAAUUAAACCAUUAAAAUCAGACUUUCAACUUUAAUGCCAGUGUAGCAACGUUUCCGUCCAGCGCCACCGAUUAAAGCAGUUGUUCCCCCA